CCCGGGGCCGCGAUGGAGCGCGACGGCCGCGCGGGGGGCGGGAGCGGCGGCGGCGGCGAGGGCGGGCGCGGCCACCGGGAGGGCCCGGCGGGGAACGGCCGAGACCCGGGCCGCGGGCGUGCGGCCGAGGCGCCCGGGGACCCGCCGGCGUCCGCGUCCCUGCUGGCCCCCAUGGACGUGGGGGAGGAGCCGCUGGAUAAGGCGGCGCGCGCCCGCCCGGCCAAGGACCCCAACACCUAUAAAGUGCUGUCGCUGGUAUUGUCAGUGUGUGUGUUAACAACAAUCCUUGGCUGUAUAUUUGGGUUGAAACCAAGCUGUGCCAAAGAAGUCAGGAGUUGCAAAGGUCGCUGUUUUGAGAGAACAUUUGGGAACUGUCGCUGUGAUGCUGCCUGUGUUGAGUUUGGAAACUGCUGUCUAGAUUACCAGGAGACAUGUAUAGAACCAGAACAUAUAUGGACUUGUACCAAAUUUAGGUGUGGUGAGAAAAGGUUGGUUAGAAGCCGCUGUGCCUGUUCAGAUGACUGCAAAGACCGGGGCGACUGCUGUGUCAACUACAGCUUUGUGUGUCAAGGUGAGAAAAGUUGGGUAGAAGAACCAUGUGAGAACAUUAGUAUGCCACAGUGCCCAGCAGGGUUUGAAAAGCCUCCUACCCUCUUAUUUUCUUUGGAUGGAUUCAGGGCAGAAUAUUUACACACUUGGGGUGGACUUCUUCCUGUUAUUAGCAAACUAAAAAACUGUGGAACGUAUACUAAAAACUUGAGACCAGUAUAUCCGACAAAAACUUUCCCCAAUCACUACAGCAUUGUCACAGGACUGUAUCCGGAAUCCCAUGGCAUAAUUGACAAUAAAAUGUAUGAUCCCCAAAUGAAUGCUUCCUUUUCACUUAAGAGUAAAGAAAAAUUUAAUCCUGAGUGGUAUGGAGGAGAACCAAUUUGGCUCACAGCUAAGCAUCAAGGCCUCAAGUCUGGCACAUAUUUUUGGCCAGGAUCAGAUGUGCAAAUUAAUGGAAUUUUCCCAGACAUCUAUCAAGUCUAUAAUGGUUCAAUACCAUUUGAAGAAAGAAUUUUAGCUAUUCUUCAGUGGCUACAGCUUCCUAAAGAUGAAAGACCACACUUUUACACUCUGUAUUUACAAGAACCAGAUUCUUCAGGUCAUUCACAUGGACCAGUCAGCAGUGAAGUCAUCAAAGCCUUGCAGAGGGUUGACAACAUGGUUGGCAUGCUAAUGGAUGGUCUGAAAGAGCUGAACUUGCAUAAAUGCCUGAACCUCAUCCUCAUUUCAGAUCAUGGCAUGGAACAAGGCAGUUGUAAGAAAUAUAUAUAUCUGAAUAAAUAUUUGGGGGAUGUUAAAAAUAUUAAAGUUGUUGAUGGACCGGCAGCUCGAUUGAGACCCUCUGAUGUCCCAGAUAAAUACUAUUCAUUUAAUUAUGAAGGCAUUGCCAAAAAUCUUUCUUGCCGGGAACCAAACCAGCAUUUCAAACCUUACUUGAAACAUUUCUUACCUAAGCGUUUACACUUUGCCAAAAAUGAGAGGAUCGAGCCCUUGACAUUCUAUCUGGACCCUCAGUGGCAACUUGCAUUGAAUCCCUCAGAAAGGAAAUAUUGUGGGAGUGGAUUUCAUGGCUCUGACAAUACAUUUUCAAAUAUGCAAGCCCUUUUUGUUGGCUAUGGACCUGCAUUCAAGCAUGGUAUUGAGGUUGACACCUUUGAAAAUAUUGAAGUCUAUAACUUAAUGUGUGAUUUACUGAAUUUGACACCAGCUCCUAAUAACGGAACUCAUGGAAGUCUUAACCACCUUCUAAAGAAUCCUGUUUAUACCCCAAAACAUCCCAAAGAAGAAUACCCCCCCAAAUACUGCCCUCUCACAACAAACCCCAGAGAUAACCUUGGCUGUUCAUGUAAUCCGUCGAUUUUUCCAAUUGAGGAUUUUCACAAUCAGUUUGAACUCUCCACGGAAGAAGAGAAGAUUAUUCAGCAUGAAAUUUUACCCUAUGGAAGACCCAGAGUUCUGCAGAAGAAAAACACCGUCUGCCUCCUUUACCAGCACCAGUUUGUGAGUGGCUACAGCCAGGACAUCCAGAUGCCCCUUUGGACAUCCUACACCGUCAACAGAAAUGACAAUUUCUCUACGGAGGACUUUUCCAAUUGUCUCUACCAGGACUUUCGAAUUUCUCUUAGUCCUAUCCAUAAAUGUUCAUUUUAUAAAAAUAAUCCCAAAGUGAGUUAUGGGUUCCUCUCCCCACCACAACUAAGUAAAGAUUCAAGUCAAAUAUAUUCUGAAGCUUUGCUUUCUACUAAUAUAGUACCAAUGUACCAGAGUUUUCAAGUUAUAUGGCGCUAUUUUCAUGACACCCUACUGCAAAGGUAUGCGGAAGAAAGAAAUGGUGUCAAUGUCGUCAGCGGUCCCGUGUUUGACUCUGAUUAUGAUGGAUGUUAUGAUUCUCCAGAGACUCUGAGGCAAAACAUCAGAGUCAUCCGUAAUCAAGAAAUUCUGAUUCCAACUCACUUCUUCAUUGUGCUAACAAGUUGUAAAAGUAAAUCCGAGAUUCCCUUGCACUGUGAAAACUUAGAUACCUUAGCUUUCAUUUUGCCUCACAGGACUGAUAACAGUGAGAACUGCGUGCACGGGAAGCACGAAUCCUCAUGGGUUGAAGAGUUGCUUAUGUUACACAGAGCACGGAUCACAGAUGUUGAGCAUAUCACUGGACUCAGCUUCUAUCAACAAAGAAAAGAGCCAGUUUCAGACAUUUUAAAGUUGAAAACACAUUUACCAACAUUUAGCCAAGAAGACUAAUAUUUUUUAUUCCAAAAACACCAUAAAUCUUUUUGAGAGAACCUUAUAUUUUAUACAGUCCUCUAGCCACGCUAUUGUAUUGUUCGAGAAACUGUCUACCAGCGUAGAAUGGAAUCCUCUGUGAUACAGACAUCUCAGGGAAACUUGUGGACAAGGCACAGCAGUAGGAGGGUGUUCCUGUUGAGUCUUGCACAUAUCUGAAUGUGUAAGAAUUAUACAUAUUCAAGUUUUGAGGAAUAAAGACAGACCAUACCCAAAACUGCUUUUCUACUUCUCUUAACGGAGAAGUGGCUGUGAACAAAUUGUCUGGACACCAGAUUUUUUAAUCUUAUUGUUGGUAAUAAACCUGGAUGGCAUUGGCAAA